AUGGUGAAAGUGAAGAAGACGAAGAAGCCGUCAUCUGCUGUUAAUACUCAGUCCCUUCCCUUCAAUACUGAAAAAGGCCAACAUAUUCUGAAGAAUCCUGGCAUUGUCAACUCUAUCAUAGAAAAGUCCGCUCUCAAAUCAACAGAUACUGUACUAGAGGUGGGCCCGGGUACGGGUAACCUAACAGUGAAGAUGCUUGAAGUGGCGAAGAAAGUGGUCGCAUAUGAGAUUGAUCCCCGCAUGGUGGCAGAAUUAAAGAAACGUGUCAUGGCCACCCCUUUGCAAAAUAAGUUAGAAGUUCGACAUGGUGAUGUUAUGAAGGCUGAAUGGCCAUUUUUUGAUGUUUGUGUCGCAAAUCUGCCAUAUCAGAUCUCGUCUCCCUUUGUGUUCAAACUGCUUCUUCAACGCCCUCUUCCAAGGUAUGCUGUGCUAAUGUUCCAAAAAGAAUUUGCUGAUCGGUUAAUAGCAAAGCCGGGUGAUAAGGACUACUGUCGAUUGUCUGUGAAUGUUCAACUUCUUGCGAGGGUGGAGCACCUAAUGAAAAUCAAAAGAACGGAAUUUCGUCCUCCACCAAAAGUGGACUCAGCAGUAAUUCGAAUC